AUGGGAAGCAAAGUCAGCUCCAAAAUGGCUACUCCGGCCGCCAGAGUUAUUCAGGCUGUGCGGCCACAUGCACCCAUGAUUAAGUUUCCGAGCAGGCAAGACAUGCCUAAACCAAAUGCCCAAGAAGCAUUGAAAACAUUACUAGUCAAUGUCUCACAAGCCAACAACCCCAGCUCAGCGCCACCACAAAUAUCAGCGAGUCGUGUAACUUUGCCGCCCAUCCCGGGCACACCUGACACUUUGGCAUCUAUUCAGUUAGUCCCUGCAAGGUACCGCCGGAGACCGCUGGUGAUAGAGGAGAUGGAAUACAUUCAGCGUGGCGGACCAGAGUGA